AGUGAGUGCUGUGCUGGGAAGUGAAGAGAAGAUGACGAGCGUGAAGAUGAGUAGUGGAAAUCCAGUGAGAAUGGGUGGCGAUAAUCACAACGUCUUCGUCUAUGGAAGCCUCUUAGCCGAUGAGGUUGUUCGCAUUCUCCUGAAGCGUGUUCCUCCAUCCACACCCGCAACUCUCCCCGACUAUCACAGGUUCAAGAUCAAAGGUCGCGUUUAUCCCGCUAUUCUACCAGUCCAGAAUAACAACAAAGUUACUGGCAGGGUCCUUCUUGGUAUCUCAGGAUUGGAAUUAGAUAUAUUAGAUGAGUUUGAGGAUGUUGAAUACACUAGAAGUGAUGUGGAGGUUUUCUUGAUGGAUAAUUCUGAAAAGAUGCAAGUCUACGCCUAUGUCUGGAGCAACAAAGAUGAUCCUGACUUAUAUGGAGAGUGGGAAUUUGAGGAAUGGAAACAAGUUCACAUGAAAGAUUUUGUCAAGAUGACCGAUGAAUUUAAGGAACAGUUGGAAUUGCCCGAAUCAAAGCCAAGAGUUCAGACGUAUGAAACCUUCUACAAGCAGGAAAACGAUAAGCCACAUGAACCUUGAUGCUUAUAACUUGUAAAAACUCUGCAUUGUGUGCACUGUGCAUUGAUGUAUGAUUCAACUAAGAGUCAUACUAGUCAGUCACUCUUAUACUUUCUCUUAGAAUCAUUAGUUUGUUGAUAUAAUAAGCAUUUCCAUGCUAUGUAUUUUACAAUGACAAGGUUUCAGCAUAUGUAUUUAUGAGCAAAUUCAGAUUAUUUCCUGAA